AUGUCUAAGGAUUUGUGUGAACUAAUUAAUGCGGCUGUUAAUUAUAUUGUUGAUGAUCCGAACAACCCGCGAGGAGAUCAUUAUGGGAGUCUUUUUAAUUCGUAUUGCCCUGAUGAUAAAUGUGAUACUGAUGACAAAAAAGUUAGUUCUACUUUUAUAUCAUUACUAAAAAGUUUUAAGAAUAUUGAUGAUAAGGAAAAUUUAGAAAGUGAUAAAUUUGUUGAAUAUACUAUUUUAUGGUUAAGUUAUAUAAUAAAUCAAAUAACACAAAAUGGAACCACCAAAUUAUACGAUUUUUAUACUAAAAAUAUAGAAUCAAAUAGUAAUUAUUAUGAGGAAGAUAUAUUUGCUGAUAAUAAUAUUAGAAAGGAUGUUAUAGAUAAAAAAAUAGGAUCGAUGAAUAUUGAUAUUAACGAUAUAUCUAAUUUUUAUGUUGCAUUUAAAUCAUUAUGUAACAUGUAUAGUGAAUUUAAUGAAGAAACUAUAAAUUGCACGAAAUAUUUGCAAAAAGCUAAUGAAUUUUCUGAAAAAUAUCAAAAAGUUAUUGGAGGUUCUAGUGUUGAUAAACAUAGUUCCUAUUAUAAACUAUUGUAUAAUUUAUCAAAUGAUCAUGAAUAUUUUAAAAAUAAAUAUAAUAGUGAGGAAUGUAAUAAUUUUUCAUCACUUGCAGAUUAUUCACGAAGUUCAGUAAUAAAAAAUACACUAAUUACAAUUGGAAUUAUAUUUGUUGCAGCAUCAAUUUUAUUGGGAGUUUCUUAUAAGUAUUCGUUAUUUGGUUUUCGGAAACGACCUGAAAAACAACAUUUAAGAGAAAUGCUAAAAAAAUAA